GGCACACUGCCUGCUCUUCACUACCCUCCUUCCUGGUAGCUCACUGCUGCCCUCUCUACUGCACCGAGUCUCUGCAGCAAACGAUUCCAGUACAUGAGUAGAGCUGCUAGCUGGGCUUCCUCGACUUUCACGCGUCACAAGCAGUUAACUCAUCUGCUCUUGCACAGUCCUCCGCAGCUAGGGUUAUUAAGGGAAUUUCUACUAUUUGAUAGUGCAUUUGUGUUGACUCUGCUACUCCGCGGAGGAAUAUCAUUGACUCCCACGCUGUUUUCCACAAUGGCGAUCGGUAGUAAUUUCACCGGCGGCUUGAGGAACGCAUCGAGGUUUGCUGGGAUAUUUGGUUCCACAGCCAAGAGAAACUCUUCCUUCUCCAACCCUUUCUUCCUGCUCACAUCCGGUCUGAGGCUGGCUGGGCCGAUUCUCAUGCUCGUAUAUCCGCUCCUGGAGUUCGUUCGCACCAUCGAGUUCGCGGAACCAUCCGCCGUGCGUCAAUGGCUCACCUACUGGGUCCUCUUCUCUAUCGUUUCCACCCUUGAGCACUUCCUCGCGCCCAUCUUGUCCUGGAUCCCACUCUAUUCGCUCGCGAAGCUCGCGGGUUUCGCAUGGCUGGUGCUACCCAAAUACCACGGCGCGGCGCUCAUCUACGACACCCUCGUCCAUCCCUUCCACGUCAAGGCUCUGGGCCGUGCCCACGCGCGCAAGCUCGAGGGGAAGCGGGAGCGGGAGGAGGCUGGUGCUGGAGUGGGGAGGGCGGUGUCUGACAGGGUGACGGCAGAAGGGCCUGGAGGGGGGAUGCAGGCGUGGGAACCGGAGGAGAGGCGGGUCGUGGAAUCUCUGAAUGCGCCAACUCGCCAGGCUUUGGUCGAGUUUGUGAACGACAACGGGUUGCCUGCUUUCGUUGCUCUGCUCUUGGAGGGUAAUAAGCAAGCGCGAAAGGGCCGGUCUCCUGCUCUUGGUGACGACCUUGAGACCAGGUUGCGUGGGAAGGCAGAUCUGCCCACAGAAGGACGUACCAGCUCCGGAUCGAAACCUGUGCCUGAAAUGGUUUCUGGCUUGUCUAAGCGUAGGGUUUACAAUCCAAGCUCUGAAGACACUACUGUGGAGGGUGGAUCUGCGACUACGGAGGAGCAGAGGGCAAAUGCUUCUUCGAAGGACCGCAGCGCUGAUCUCGGCGCUGUCUCUGGGGCGUGAGUAACUUAGGUUGUACAUAGGGAGUAGUCUGUUUUUCAGCACGCCCCAAUAACCUUCUCUUUACCCUGUACCUGAUGUACAGCACGAGAUGGACCCCCUUCUGCCAAAUUGUUAAAUUUUGCUGUGUUGGUACUCUACUCAAUGAUUUGCU